AUGGAAAAGGAGCUGCGGGGAAGGGUUUCUUCUGUGUCCGAGGUUCUUGUGGUUCUUGGUCCCUUGGCUGGAAUGUUCACCCAGGGGCGACUCUCGGGCGUCUCCAGGGCUCGGGGCGCCGGAAACACGUGUGUGCUCACCUACGUGUACACACGUGAGCACACCUUCAGCAGCGGGGGGCGCUCGGGCCGGCAGGGGGCAGCACAGACCCGGCUUGCAAUUACCCGGCGCAGCCUCGAGGGAGGAGGGCGUGCUGCAGUCCCAGCGGCGGCGGCAGCAUUGGCGGCGGCGGAGGCUGGAGGUGCAGCUUACCCGGCCGGCGGCGGGCCCCUGCUCACGGGCGGCGCGGCCGUGCACAUCCCCGCCGCUGGUGCCGCCAAGGCUACCCUCUACUGCCGCGUCUUUCUGCUCGACGGGACCGAAGUGAGAGUGGACCUGCCGAAACAUGCCAAGGGCCAGGAUUUGUUUGAUCAGAUCGUGUACCACUUGGACCUCGUGGAAACAGAUUACUUUGGCCUCCAGUUCCUUGACUCGGCCCAGGUCGCACACUGGCUGGAUCAUUCCAAACCCAUAAAGAAGCAGAUGAAAAUCGGACCAGCUUAUGCUUUGCACUUUCGAGUGAAAUACUAUUCUUCAGAACCAAACAACCUUCGUGAAGAGUUUACAAGGUACCUGUUUGUUUUACAACUCAGGCAUGACAUUCUUUCAGGAAAAUUGAAAUGCCCCUAUGAAACUGCUGUGGAGUUAGCUGCUCUCUGUCUACAAGCGGAGCUUGGCGAGUGCGAGCUUCCCGAACACACCCCGGAGCUUGUGUCUGAGUUUCGGUUCAUUCCGAACCAGACAGAAGCCAUGGAAUUCGAUAUCUUCCAGAGAUGGAAAGAGUGCAGGGGAAAGAGCCCUGCCCAGGCGGAACUCUCAUAUCUGAAUAAAGCGAAGUGGCUGGAAAUGUAUGGGGUAGACAUGCACGUUGUCAGGGGAAGAGAUGGCUGUGAAUAUUCUCUUGGACUGACUCCAACGGGCAUACUCAUCUUUGAAGGAGCUAACAAAAUAGGCUUAUUCUUUUGGCCUAAAAUUACCAAACUGGAUUUUAAAAAGAGCAAGUUGACGCUUGUGGUGGUUGAGGAUGAUGACCAGGGCCGCGAACAAGAGCACACGUUCGUGUUCCGUUUAGACAGCGCCAGGACCUGCAAACACCUGUGGAAGUGUGCAGUGGAGCACCACGCCUUCUUCAGGCUGCGGACGCCCGGAAAUAGCAAAGCCAACAGAUCAGACUUCAUCAGGCUGGGCUCUCGCUUCAGAUUCAGUGGGCGGACGGAAUAUCAAGCUACACACGGGGCCAGGUUACGAAGAACCAGCACCUUUGAGAGGAAGCCCAGUAAACGCUACCCGUCCCGGAGACAUUCCACCUUCAAAGCAAGCAACCCAGUGAUAGCGGCUCAGCUGUGCUCUAAAGCAAAUCCGGAAGUCCAUAAUUACCAGCCCCAGCACCAUCCUGUCCACCCCAGCCAGCCUCGGUGGCACCCUCACCCUCACUCUCCCAAUGUCAGUCGCAUUGUCACGGGAGACACGCACCACCCAAACUAUGGCCUCACACUGACCCUGGAGAGCAAAGAGGGGCCUUCGAGAUCCCCGAGCUCCAGCAGUAAGUCCCUUACAAGGAACAGCUCUGUGGUUGAGCUGGGAGUUGUCCUUGCCCUGGUCUGUGCCUCAUCUUCAUGUCCUCAGAUCGUUGUAGCAGCCUACCCUAUCCAGGCUGAAGAAAAGAAGGUCUCUGAGAAGGCUCUUCAGACUCCACUUCUGCCUUCCCCUAUAGCUGAUCACGUCAAGUGUAACAUUUUGAAAGCGCAGUUGGAGAAUGCUUCCAGAGGGAAUGGCCAGGUUGGAAAAGAGGAGUCAACGUUUAUAAAUGUCAAUAAGAAAUCCAGUCUUCAGGAUGCUAAUGUAAGAAGUCCGAUUGCUAUACGUGUGGAAACUACCCAACCAGCUGUGGAAAAGCCAGAAAUCAAGCCUCCCCGAGUGAGGAAGUUAACGAGACAAUACAGUUUUGAUGAAGACGACCUCCCUCCAGACUUGGCUGAGGCAGUGGGAGCAACCACGGCUGUGACCACGACUGCGAUCACCACCACCAUCACCACCACACAAAGUUCAGCACCGCUGGCAUCUCCCAAGGUGCAGAAAGUCAGCUCGCCUCAGAGGGCAGACGGCAAGGGCCAGCCAUCCCCCGGGGGCAAGAGCCCCUCUGACCGAGGAGGUCCCUUUACCUUGGAGCCGGGUGAUCUUCUGAUGGACUUCACAGAAGCCACUCCUUUGGCAGAGCCCGCCAGCGCCCCCCACUGUGCCCACUCUCGCUGUUCUCCUCCUCUCUCUCUCCCCAUGAAGGAAGAGCCCACUGGAGUUUGUAUGCACCCUCCAAUCAAAACGAGGCUGAUAAAAACAUUCCCGGCUGAUACAGUGAAACCAUUUCCUGAGCCUUUCACCGCGGGGACACAGUUUACCGCAGACUUUCGGGAUAGUAAAUUGCAGUGCUGUCCUGGGCAGUCUUCCCCGCUGAUUCCGGCUGUGGCCCUGAGGCCUUUGACAGAGACCGUGUCCACGGUGCAGACCAUCUACACCACCCGCAAGCCUGUGUCUCUGGCAGCAAGUGCAGAGACGCUCCGGCAGGAACUGGAGAGAGAAAAAAUGAUGAAAAGACUGUUGAUGACCGAACUGUGA